UUCAAUCCAGAYGCAUCAUGAGGGUAAAAAGCUACAUUCUUCUUAUGGUAAACUUGGCGGUUUCAUCAGCACACUCCAUGCCAGAGGUUGACGCAGUGGAUGUUGGCGAAAAUAGCAUCACAGAAGAUUUAACACUUGAUGAUAUCCGGGAGCCUUCAGACGUUCAAAGGAGCAGCAUUCUUCCUGGGGACAAACUGUGGACGUUUCCAGUCCCCUAUGUUUUGGACAAAGGUCUUGACUUGAGAGCUAGAGGAGUCAUCCUGAGAGCGUUGGACCAGUUCAGGGUGAAAUCAUGUAUUGACUUCAAACCCAGAGAUUCUGAGGCGUAUUACCUAAACAUUCAGAAACUAGAUGGGUGUUGGUCAUAUAUUGGCAGAACAUUUUCCAAUGGACAGGACCUCUCCAUUGGACAGAACUGUGAUUAUGUUGCAAUUGUUGAACAUGAGCUCCUUCAUGCUCUUGGCUUCUACCAUGAACAAUCGAGAUAUGACAGAGACAAUCAUGUGCAGAUUGAAUACAGCAACAUCUUAGCAGGUAUGGAGCAUAAUUUUAGAAAGGUUGGCAGUCAAGACAGCACCACCCAUGGAAGCCCGUAUGACUACAUGUCAGUGAUGCACUACAGCAAAAAUGCAUUCAGCAAUGGCAAUGGCCCUACAAUUAUUACCAUAAAUCAAGCAUUUCAAGAUGUGAUUGGUCAAAGAGUGGAAAUGAGUCCUAGUGAUGUCCAAGAGCUGAACCUUCUCUACAAAUGCACUUCAUCUGUGGCCUUUAAGUUUUACUGUGGCUUUUCUAAUAAGGAUUUAUGCCAAAUGAAUCAUUGCUCACAAAGUGGGAAUGGCUGGGAACUGGUUACAAAAGCUAAUGGGGGUCCAARCUCCGACCACACCAGUCUACCAAACGGAARUGGAGAUCAAGGUGAAGAAUUAGGUUUUUUCAUGCAUGCCAGCACAGCAUCAGGUCAGGAGGGWCAGUCGGCUCGGCUCGAGACCAAGAUCAUGCGUCCUAGUAGGAGAUGUAACAUCCAGUGUCUGCAGUUUUACUAUUAUCAUUCUGGAAAUAAAGCUGAUGAACUGAACAUCUGGAUUAGAGAGUUUGAUGAACAGGACAACAAAGGAACUCUUCGCUUCAUGGAACAAAUCAGUGGUCCUCCAACUUCUCACUGGAAGCUCCAUCAUGUUUCUCUCAAUGCCACCAAAGACUUCCAGGUGGUGUUUGAGGUUCGGAAAGGAGCGGGAAGCACUACGGGYGGCUUCUCAGUUGAUGACAUCAACCUCUCUGAGACCGAGUGUCCACACAUGACCCUUCAGAUUGAUGAAAUUGAGAAAACGCUAAGCACAAGUGCCACAGGAACCAGGAUAUACAGCCCACGACUGUACUCCAAAGAUGGCUAUGCUUAUCGAGUUGCAGCAAUUCUGUACAAGACAUAUGUUGGAAUGUAUGUGCAGCUCUUGUCCGGUAAAUACGAUAGCCAGCUGACGUGGCCUUGCUUGCAAAGAGAAAUGUCUUUCACAUUGCUGGAUCAAACCCCCAACAUGCAACUGCAAAUGUCAAAACAACAGAGCUUUGUUUCUCUCCAGACUCACACAGACUCUAGUGGUACUAUUGUCUGGGAUAAUCCUCGUGAGACUGGAGCUGCUCUUUUUUAUGAGAAUGGUGAGUUAGUCUAYGGUGGACUUCUUUAUGGAUACGGGAAAUUUGCAACUUUGGAGGAACUGCGAUCCAGAGAGGUCCUAAAGGGAGGAAGUGCUAUUUUCAUGUUUAACUUUGAAGAUCUCACUCCACUAAACACUGCAUCAGCUCUUCCAUGUCCUCAAUUAAGACCAGUGGACAUUACAAAUCCUCCCCCGAACCUGGAUGAAGGCCCAUGCCCACAGACCACAUCUACCAUCAUUCGACCUCUUCAAGCUGAAGAUGACAGCAUACAUGGAUUCUCUGCUGCUGUGGUUCCCUACCCGUUUCUCAUCUUCCUUUUGGCUGUGAUGUUUCUGGCGCCUUGAUGCACACAUUCACAUUACAUCGACACCAUCACUGAAAUCCCUCUGUUUUUUCUAACUACUUUAUGUYGUUUUGUUUAACAUGAUUAAAAGAGGCAAGCAUCAUGAACAAUUAUUUUUGAAUAAAUGUGUUGCCCAAUUUAAAACAGUUUUGUAUGUUUUCAAAGUGUAAUCCUGAAAUUCAUUUGUCAGCAAUAUCAACAUUUGGUGACGGGUUUUUCUUUGAAGCAUUCAGAUUUUAUUUUGGAAUGUUGUUUAGACAAUACUUGUUUGRA